AAUGUGGAGUUGUCAUCACCAUCUACUUUGCUUUUGUGGUUAUGUCUUUGAUUAGAAAAUGCAUAAGAACUGAACCAUCAUCCUUUACGGUUCUAAAUCUGUUGAGAGAGAGCAGAUGCAUAAAACACCUUGAACAAGUUCAUACCCACAUAAUACAAAAGGGUUAUGAGCAAGACCAUUUUAUCAUUAACCAGUUUAUAUCCCUCUGUAAUGUGUUUUCGUAUGAUAUAUCUUAUGCUACAAGUGUGUUUGAGCAUGUUAUUCAGCCUAAUGUUUAUGUAUGGAAUACAUUGAUUAAAGGGUAUAGCAAAAAAUCAUCUCUUGUUGAUUGUUUCGUAGUCUUGAGACAAAUGAGAAGAACUGUGAAUGUGAAACCUGAUGAAUUUACUUUUCCGUCGUUGGUCAAAUCUUGUUCUAAUGUGUUUGCUUUGAGGGAAGGUAAGAUUAUUCAUGGGUUGUUAGUGAGAUAUGGGAUUGAUAGUGAUGUGUUUGUAGGAUCUAGUUUGAUUGAUCUUUAUGGGAAGUGCAAAGAGAUUGAGUAUGCACGAAGAAUCUUUGAUGAAAUUCCUCUGAAGAAUGAGGUUAUAUGGACUGCGAUGAUCGUUGGAUAUGUAUAUGUUGGUGAUUUAUUAGAAGCAAGGAAGUUAUUCGAUGAAAUGCCACAGAGAAAUGUAGCUUCGGGGAAUGCAAUGAUUAGGGCAUUCGUGAAGUUUGGUGAUUUGUCCGGUGCGAAGAAAUUGUUUGAUAGUAUGCCUUAUAAGGAUGUGGUAUCUUUUACUACUAUGAUUGAUGGUUAUGCUAAGGCUGGUGACAUGGCAUCAGCAAGGUUUCUGUUUGAUAGGUCUUCUGAUAGAGACAUAAUUUUGUGGUCUGCUUUGAUGUCUGGGUAUGCUCAGAACGGGCAACCCAAUGAAGCUGUCAAAAUAUUUCACGAGAUGUUGUCAAUGAAUGUUAGGCCAGAUGAGUUUAUAAUGGUAAGUUUGAUGUGUGCCUGUUCCCAGUUAGGUCGUCUGGACCUAGCAAAUUGGGUAGAACAUUAUAUGAGCCAAAAUUCUUUUGAUCUUAAUCAAGUACAUAUAGCUUCGGCCCUCGUGGAUAUGAAUGCUAAGUGUGGGAAUAUGGAAAGGGCAAAAAUGUUGUUUGAGGGGAUGCCUAAGCGUGAUCUAGUAUCAUAUUGUUCAAUGAUACAAGGGCUGUCUAUUCAUGGUUGCGGUUCUCAGGCUGUAGAUUUCUUUGAUAGGAUGCUGAACGAGGGUCUUGUGCCUGAUGAUGUUUCCCUAAAGAUAAUUCUGACAGCUUGUAGUCGUGCAGAACUUGUUAAGGAGGGUUUCCGGAUCUUCAAUCUAAUGACAACCAAAUACUCUGUCAAGCUAUCUCCAGAUCAUUAUGCAUGCGUAGUAGACCUUCUUGGAAGGUCAGGAAAGCUUCAAGACGCAUAUGAACUUAUAAAGUCGAUGCCUGUUGAACCUCAUGCCGGUGCCUGGGGUGCACUUCUUGGGGCUUGUAAGCUACACUGUGACAUUGAGGUUGGGGAGGAGAUAUCGAAUAAACUUUUUGAACUAGAGCCUCAAAAUACGGGUAAUUAUGUGAUUUUGUCAGACAUCUAUGCUGCGGCAAAUAGGUGGUUAGAUGUUGCACUGUUGCGUCAAAAGAUGAGUGAGAAGGGUCUUAGGAAGAUACCUGGUUGCAGCAGUUGGUCAAGUUGAAUGCAAACCGCUUAGUCACUGGAACUCUUCGUGGGUUUGAUCAGUUCAUGAAUUUGGUCAUUGACAACACAGUGGAAAUUAAUGGCAAUGAUAAGAAUGAAAUUGGCAUGGUGGUAAUUCGCGGUAAUAGCGUGGUGACAAUUGAAGCGUUGGAGCCAGUCGCUAGACCACAGCAGUAGCUCUAACGGAUCUUUGUUUAUGCCCCAGAUGCUGCUGCUGCUCGUUUAAAG